CAAAGUAGCUGCAAAAUUAGACCACCAAAACCAUAAUCAUGUCGACAUUCUUCAGUUAUUACAAGAAUUACACUUACUUGCUCUUCUUGUUCUUAUUUCUCCUCCACUGCACCCCAUCGAGUUGCCGUAACAUUGCCGACGUAACACGUCGUACGCCGCAGUCUUCAUCUCAACAGAAUUCCCAAAACAAUAAUUCGCACGAAAGAAUUCUUUACGACACUUAUCCAAACAUGCAGACAUGGGGUGACGGACCACAUCUAGCGGCCACGGUGACCUACUCUUUCUUGUCGGCAUACAUGAUCGACUACCUCAGCCUCGACGACAUCAGAGCUGCCUUCGGAAGCGCCUUUUCCCAGUGGGCCGACGUGACCCCGUUGAACUUCAUGGAGCUCCCGGAAGUCUGGAAGACGGACAUCACCAUCGGGUUCUUCGUCGGGGACCACGGGGACGGGUACCUGUUCGACGGGCCGGGAGGAGAGGUGGGCCAUGCGGAGCCGCCACGAGACGGGAGGCUCCACCUGGACGGAGACGAGAGGUGGACCGUGAACCUGGCCGUGGAUCCAUCCGAGAUGGCCUACGACUUGGAAUCCGCGGCGGUCCACUUAAUUGGUCACACUCUAGGGUUGAGGGAUUCGACGGUUAUCGAGGCGGUGAUGCACCCGAAUUUAACCGCUAGGACAAGGAAGGUGGAACUGGCGUAUGAUGACAUUGCGGGAAUACAAGCGUUAUAUGGUGCAAUUCCUAAUACUCCCAAUCGUCAUCCCGAUCCUUCUUCAUCAACAAGUUUGAGUGGUUUCAUGGAGACAAGAAGAAGAAGAUUCGGGUGGAAUACGCUUUUGACAUUUGUUUUAGUUUCUCUGAGUUUGCUGUGA